UUAUAAACAAAGUAUUACAGCUUAACCCUGUAAAUAUAUAUAUAUAUAUAUAUAUAUAUAUAACUCCAUAAGUAGCCCAAAGGCAUGACAGAGGAAACAAAAACUAAAAUCCUAGUUAAAAUUGGUUUUAGUAAUUUCCUGUUGUUUCCAAAUCCGAUUUGGAUACGGAUUUUCCCUUUAUAAAAGGAACCAGCAGCAGGGCUUUUGAUAUUCACAAAAUCAGACCUGUGGUGAGUUUUUCUUUGGGAGAGAAAAAUAAAGGUGAAGACAGUUUUUCUACUUUGGUGUUUUUUCCCUUGGACAUAGAAACGAUACUCUGUUUCUGCAGAAAUUUUGAGGCCAACGUUCCUCUCAUCAUGCUCUAGAAUUAUAUAUAUAGCCGUGUAAGGUUUUUUCAGGCUUAGGAUGUUUAUUUUAUUCCUGGAAUCUCCGCUGGAACAAGGAAUGGAUCCUAUGCCGCUGAGCAGCUAUCUGCUUGAGAAACCACCCAUCAUCAAAAGGAAACGAAUGUCUGAACUUGAGAUAUCACCCAACAAAAUCCAAAAGAUUUCCGAUCGUUGUUUCAAGAGAUUAUGUGACAAGAUUUUGAAGGUUGAUGGUGUUAAGUCAGAAAAGGAGAAUUUUGAGAUUGAAUGUGAUUUUCAGAGUUCAUCAGAAAAGAUUUUGAAUCAAGAUGACGAUGCUGUUGAUACAUCAGGGAUGAAAGGCAAGGGCUCAAUCUUGGUCAGUCAUACUGUUCCAGAACAUGAAAAUGCUGGCUUGGAAGAUCGAAUUAGGCCUCACAGUAGGCAUGAACCGGUGGUGGAAAUUGAAAAGGGAAGUUCUUCAAUGGGAUGGCUGGAAUGUGAGGAUCUGGAUCAAGGGACCAAGGCUGAAAAUAACAACAAGCUCAUCAACUCCAAAACCAGAAAUGGAGGGCAAUGCAGAUUGGAUGCCCUUAAGGACCUAUUAAACCAAUGGGAAGCUCGUUGUAGCAAUCUAGAGAGCAUUGUAGCAGAGUAUAAACGAAAACAUGGCUAUGUAUUAUAA